AUGCAGCCUGAUGCGCAGAAUGCCACGACAGGACCAAAAGGGCCCCUGGAAUGGGGCCAGCUCAAUUUCCUGCAUACCACCGACACUCAUGGCUGGCUGGAAGGUCAUAUCAAGGAGCAGAACUACGGUGCGGACUGGGGAGACUACGUGAGCUUCACCAGGGUCAUGAAGCAAAAAGCCAGGAGGCUUGGGGUCGACUUGCUGCUCGUGGAUACAGGAGAUUUGCACGACGGCGCCGGCCUCAGCGAUGCCACGGAACCCAACGGAAACGUCUCAAACGCCGUCUUCGAGAACGUCGACUACGAUCUGCUGACCAUCGGCAACCACGAGCUCUACGUUACCGAGAUUGCGUAUGAAACGUUCAGCAACUUCUCCAAGGUGUACAGCGACAGGUAUCUUACGAGCAAUGUACAAAUCGUCAACCCGGCCACGGGCGAGUUUGAGUACAUUGGAGCAAAGUAUCGGUAUUUCACCACUGAGCAUGGCCUCAGGAUCAUGGCGUUUGGUGUUCUUUUCGACUUUACGGGCAACUCCAAUGUCUCCAAAGUCAUCAAGGCUGCAUCCCUUGUUCAAGAACCGUGGUUCUUGGAAGCCGUGAAUUACACGAAGCCGAUUGACCUCUUUGUGGUUAUUGGCCACAAUCCGGUGCGGACAAACGUGACUAGCAGCACCUUUGGUACCCUGUUCAGCACCAUCCGGAAGGUGCGACCAGAUGUGCCUGUUCAGGGAUUUGGUGGGCACACGCAUAUCCGUGACUUUGUUGUGUAUGACAACAAGGCGACCGCUCUAGAAUCGGGUCGGUACUGUGAGACUCUCGGGUGGCUUGCCAUGUCUGGUAUCAAAUCCUCGACUUGCAAGGCAAAGAAUCCCAAAGGUGCCCCGAACCCAACCAAAAGCGCCAUUCCGCCGGCGAGCACAGGAACAGCGAGCGUGCAUCUUCCUAGUUCGACGACGCCUUCGGAUCUGCGAUACGCACGACGGUAUCUAGACUGGAACCGCCUGACGUUCGCUUACCACGCGGAGGGAAGCCAGCCUUAUAUGGCCUUCGACACGCCCAGGGGCGUUGGAGUGACCCAUGAUAUCACAACGGAGCGGGCUAGGCUCAAUCUGACGGACCUCUACGGAUGUGCUCCGGAGUCGUACUGCCAGUUCUGCAGACCAUUCCUAGCACCUGGCAACCUUUUCGGGCUGCUGCAAACCGCUCUCUCCACGGUCGUAGUGAAUGAAACCAGGAAGGACAUUCCGCGGCUUGUCAUAAUCAACACGGGUAGCGUACGCUUUGACCUUGCCAAAGGCCCGUUCACCUACGACGACUCCUUCAUCGUGUCUCCGUUUUCAGAUGCCUUCCAGUUCCUGCCCAAUGUACCAUACUCGCAAGCAUCCAAGGUGCUCGACAUCUUAAACGCCGGGCCGUUCCAGAAGAAGCGCGACCUUCCGGCAUCCGACGUCAGAUCCUCCACAGUGCUUGCGGACCGCGACAUCUGCAUUGACCCGCCGCUCAUGCACAGCUUCGAAGGGAUGCAGAAGAGACGGAAGCCGAAAGGCCGCCUCAUCCGGCGCCAGUCUACCAACCCAUCACCUGGAUACACCACGACCGACGACUUCGGCACUGAUGGCGACGAUACAAUCCACUCCCGCAUCCCGUACUACUCCCAGCCCAACGACCUGCAAGCCAACGCGUCCUUCCCAACCGAUGGUUCCAUGCCGGAGACUGUUGACCUAGUCUUCCUCGACUUCAUCGCCAGCUACAUCAUCGAUGCGCUGAACCAGCCCGACGUGGGUGGAGACUAUACGGAGGACGAGGUUAUCUACUACAUGGACAAAAGCUUCACCACGAACAGCUACCUGCCAGCGUAUGCGAAGAUUGCAUGGCAGGCCAAUGUGCCCGACUGCCCUGUUGGAUCCGGAAUCGGCAGCGCCAAGAGGUCUGUACACGGCGCUAGGUGAGAUAAACGGAUGGUGGUUAUAACGAGCACAUGUACGGCCUGCGAUGAGUCGAUGGGCAUAUGGAAGUACACAUAAUUCGUUCCUUUUCAGCUUGAAAGAGGUGAGGAGAGACAUACAGGCCGCAGCGACGGGGCAGCGCGUACACAUGCCAAGCUUAACCUGCUAACCGCUCUUUCCUCCGUCUUUUAUUCGUGCCCUGAGGUCGACGUUGGCUUCGACCGCUUUUUUAGCUUCGAGACGAUACCCCAAUCUCAACCUACCGUCGCAUCUGCUCUUC